AUGAAAAAAAAAAAAAAUUUUGAUAAGUUUUUAUUAUCUUGUGUUAGAAAUUCGUCUUCGUUUAAGAGUCUUUACAAUAUAAAUUAUGUUAAAUUGAACAGAAAUUUUGUUAAUAAAUUCAAAAAUAAUUUUUUUUUUUGUUCGAAUAACUUUCAAAAUUUUAAAUUAUAUAAUAAUAUCCCCUAUACUUAUUAUAAUACCCUUUGUAAAUAUGAUAAAAGCCAAAAUAUUACAUAUUCGGAAAAAAUAUUUACAAGAAGGUAUACGAACCUCAGUAAAUUAAAGAGUACAAAUUAUCAGAAUCCAAAAGAAAAUAUAUUAAAAUACUCAAUUAAUGCCAAUGAGAGUAGGGAAAAUAAGUAUGGUGAAGAUAAAGACAUUUUCCCUAAUAUUGUGGAGGAUAUAAAAUGUAAAGUGCUGGACAAAUCCAAAGGUUGUACUAAUACAAAAACGGGGAAAAAAAGCGGAAGUAAAAAAGUAAAAGAAAAAAAUAGUAAAGAGAAAGAAGAGGAUGUAAUUGCUGAAAAAAAGAGUCACAAGAAUAGUAAUAAAUCAAAGAAAGCUACAAAGGAAAAGAAAAUUAAGAUAAUUGAAAAGGAUAAUGCAGAAACAAAUGAAAAUAAGAUAAUUGAUGAAAAAGUUAAGAAGAAGAAAGCAAAAAAGACAGAAAAUGAUGUAUUGACAAAAGCAAACCCAAAACCAAAAAAGGAAGUGGUAGAAAAAAAAAAAAAAAUCGAUAUAAAUGAAUUAGUUUCACCUAUAUUAGAUAAAAAUAUUAUUAAAGAAAAAUAUUUUAAAGAAUAUAAAGAAAUAGGAAUAAAAAAUAAUAUAAUAAUAAAUAAAUUGGAUAAAACCGAAGAUGUAGAAAGAUUUGUUAGUGAAAACAAAUCAUUAUUAAUGUUUGGAAAUAUUUUUGCAUAUAAUAAUUUUUUAUAUGAAAUAUAUGAUAAAUUUUCAAAUUCAGAUAUUAAAAAGGUGAAGAAAAUAAUUAAAAAUUAUGAUAAGCUAACAAAAAAAACAGAUCAGAGAAAAAUAAAAUAUUUCGAAUCUUUUUAUGAAAUAUGCCCAAAAGAAUAUAAAGAUGUACUAACUUGUUUAUUUAUUCAAUCAUCAGACAUUUUAAAGGAAGAAGAUAUUAAUAAUACAUUUUACUAUGACCAAAUAAUAAGUAAUUAUAAAGAUAACGAAGGUAAUAUGACAAUAGAAAGUGAGCUAGCUAAUUUGGAAAACGGAAACAGCAACAUCAAAAAACGAAAAGACAAUCAUUAUAAUACUAAAUAUAAAAAUAAUGAGAAUAACUAUAAUAAUAAAAUUGUAUAUGAUAUUGAUGUUAAGUUUAGUGAUAAUUACGGAGGCAAAAAUAUUAAUGAAAAUAAUUUUAUUAUUGCUUAUAAUUUACCAAUAAUAAAUUAUGACUUGCUAAGGGAAGAACUUAAAGAAACUUUUUCUUUUUGUGGUGAAAUAAAAAAUAUAGAAUUUUUUAAUGACCGACUUAAAACAAUUGAUUUGAAUUUAUUGAAUGAACAAGCUAUUUCAGAGCAUGCGAAGAAAAGUUUAAAUAUGAAAAAUGAUGAUAAAGGUGCAGAAAAUAGUUUAUUAAAUUGUGAAAAUAAAAAAGAAAAGAAGAAAAAAAAAGCAGAACGAAAUAAAAAUGCACAAUCACCAAAUAGUGUGAAUAACAAUUUUAAUAAUUAUACACAACUUUAUGCAAUAAUAGAAUUUUAUGAUAAAGAAUCAGUAAAUUUAGCAACUAGUGAUUUUUUAAGAAUCUUUGGGAUUUUUUGUUAUAAAAAAUUAAUAUAUGUUGAUAAAUGUAUAAAUAAAAAUAUCAUGAUAAUAACACAUUUACCAUUUCAUUUACAUAUAUAUAAUAUUUUAUAUAUUUUGUUAAAUGCAUCAGUGUGUAAAAUUGAUAUGAAUAAUAAGCAAAGAGACACUGUUUAUACCUUGAAUGAUGUUAGUGCAUCUGAUCAAAAUGACAACAAAUUUAUGGGUUUUCAGGACAUAAAGAAUAAUUUGAGUAAAAAAUUGGCAGGGAUAUUAAAAACGAAUGAAGAAAAAAUCGAAAAAAAUAACACAAAUGAAGAAAUGAGAAAAACAAAAUGCGAGUUUCUCCUACGAAAUAGUGAUAUAAAAAUUGAAAACAGUGAUGAUAUUCAUAAUAUGUGCAAUAGUACAAAUUUUGAUAUUUAUGAGCAUAUAUAUGAAAUAUCAGAGAAAAAUUUUUUUAAAUUUAAAGACCAGAAUAUUAUUGAUUUGAAAAUUCCUAUAAAUGGUAAUGAUGGUGAUGUUGCUGAAGAAAAAGAAAAAAUGUUCGAAACAUUUUCUGAUUUUUAUCAAAAUAAAAAUAAAAAGUUAAAAGAAAAAACAUUAAAUAUUAACAAUAAUGGAAGGACAAUAAUCCUGCAUUUUGAUAAAUUUUCGAAUUUAUAUAAUUGUUUAAAAACAUUUAAACAUAUUUUUAAAAAUAAAAAUUGUAUGAUUUUUUCACUCAAUUUAAGGAGAUGUGUAUACAUAAAUGGUGAAAUUAAAGAUCAUGUCCAAGUUAAAAAUUAUAGGAAACAAACAGAUAUUUAUUAG